UUUUUUAUUAGAGAUCCACACUGACAGGAGUAGAUCCACCAUUAAAAAAUGAACGAUCGAGCAGGAGAAGAAUUGACCUCAUCCUUUAACCAGUCAUCAGUUACAAACCAGGCAGAGGUCAACGGUUUGACUAACUGUGAAUGGAACGAAACUUCAGCCCUGCCCUUCCUUAUAACAGCCUACAGUCUUGUGUUUCUGGUGGGUUUCUUCCUCAACGGCUUCGUCAUAAAGUUUUACUUCUGCCGAGCUCAGCAGAAGGCGUCCAGCAGCAUGAUGGUCUACCUGAAAAACUUGGCAGCCGCUGACUUCCUGCUCUGCCUCUGCCUUCCCAUCCGCAUCAUCCACUACGCCAGCAGCUCUUUCACCAUUCGCGUGAUUAACUGCAACUUUGGCGCCUCCGUCCUCUUCCUCAAUAUGUAUGCCAGCAUCAUGUUCAUGGGCUACAUUUCCGCUAACAGGUAUCUGAAGGUCGUCCAACCUUUGGGAACUCACAUCAUGCAGACGUUGCGGGCCGCUCACAUCAUUUCCACGGUAACCUGGGUUGUCCUCCUGGCUGUGACGAGCGCCUUCGUUAUCCUGUCGUUUAACACCCAGGAACUUUUGACCUCUGCCCCAGUGCGCUGUGAAACCUUACACAGUGGACAGCUCACCGUGCUCUUCAAGACUGUCCACACCUGCUCCACCACCUUGUUCCUGUUUGUCCUAGUCUCCAUGGUCUUCUUCUACUACAGCACCUCGCGCAGGGUGUCGCUGGCGCAGCAGAGGCAGCCGGAGUCCUCCAGCUCCACAAAACUUGUAAAGUCACGCAGAAACAUAUUAGUGCUGGUCUGUGUCUUCUGCUUUUGCUUCAUCCCCUACCACCUGGUUCGUCUUCCACAGGUUUUCCUGGGGGGGCACUGUUUGUCAAGCAAAGUGUUCUACUACUUGAUAGAGCUGACCAUCAUCAUGUCAGUUCUUAACGUCUGCCUGGACCCAAUCAUCUACUUCAUCCUCUGCAAGGGGUUCAGGACCCAGCUAAGGCUGGGACUGGUGUGUGGAACCUCAUAACUACUAGGCAGUUGUUGCUGAUGCUGACAUUUUCUCUGCAGCAUGCUCUGCCACUGAAUCAGCUUUCUGCAGAUCUGCUUUUGCAAAACAGCUAAUGGGAACGCUUUCACCCUGAAAUGACCUGUGAAUUGCCAAAGUCUCAAGAGCUAGGCUUUCUAAAGCUUGAAAACAGAGCCAUAGGGAGGUUCUCUCAGUCCACUUAAAUUACAGUAUGCACAGAGCUGGUUACAGGAUUUUGCCCAAUUAAUCCAAAACCCAUUGUUACCUGCUGUAGGGUUGUUUUGUAUCCUUGUGCUGCCUUGUUUUGAGUGAGGGCUU